AUGGCCGCCCAGGGAGAGCGGCAGGUCCAGUUCGAGCUCAUCCUGGUGGGGAAUGGCAGCACCGGGAAGACGACCUUCAUGAAGCACCAUUUGAUGGGCGAGUUUGAGAAGGAGAAUGUAGCCACCCUGGGCGUGGAGGUGCACCCGCUCAUCUUCCAUACCAACAGAGGACCCAUCAAGUUCAACGUGUGGGACACAGCUGGCCAGGAGAACUUCGGGGGGGGGGGGUUGCGUGAUGGCUACUACAUCCAAGCCCAGUGUGCCAUUAUAAUGUUCGACGUAACAUCGAGAGUUUCUUACAAGAAUGUGCCUAACUGGCAUAGAGAUCUGGUACGCGUGUGUGAAAACAUCCCCAUUGUAUUGUGUGGUGACAAAGUGGAUAUUAAGGAUAGGGAAGUGAAGGCAAACUCCAUUGUCUUCCACCGAAAGAAGACUCUUCGGUACCUUGAUAUUUCAGCCAAAAGUAACCACAACAUUGAAAAGCCUUUCCUCUGGCUUGCCAGAAAGCUCGCUGGAGAUCCUAACUUGGAGUUUGUUGCCAUGCCGGCUCUUGCCCCACCUGAGGUGGUCAUGGACCCAGCAAUGGCAGCACAGUACGUGUAUGAUUUAGAGGUUGCUCAGACGACUGCUCUCCCGGAUGAGGAUGGUGACCUGUGAGAAAGGGAAGCUGGAGCCCUUCGUCAGAAGUCUAGUUUUAUAG